AAGUCUGUGGUCCAACUGGCUUCAGAUGGUGUGUGUUAUGUGCGUGUGCCUGCCUCCUGAGUGUGUGAGACGAGCUGGGAUCAUGAGCCAGGGUUGUUCCAAGUGGUUUUAAUCAGCAGCCCAUUAGAGGAGAACGGAAAACUUCAAACAGGGUAAGAACCAAGUUGUUCCAGUAACUCCAUGGGAAGGUGUUCCUCAAACCUCAGCUCCUCUGCAACUCGUGGCUUCUUGCCUGGCACCAGGAAAACAUUCAGCAGCAGAAAUGGGAAAAUUCACACUAGUUUUGGGUAAAGUGUGCUUCUGACUUUUUUUACCUGGCAAGACGUGGCUACUUGGACUGCAUCUGCAAUGUGGCAAAGGACAAAGUGAGGUUGGCAAAGAGGCCAUGGUUUGUGGGCAAGUCCCCAGAUGCCGCAGGCUUUGUCGCCCUCGUCCCUUCCUUCUGGCCUUAGUGGUGGCCCUCUGUCUGUUCUGCCAGACCCUGACUCCUCUCAUGUCCAGCAGCGUCCUUUCAGCAGUUGUUAAUGGGAUUGCACCCAACAAACUGACUAAAACACAGCAAGGAAGAUACAAGGAGGUCUCCCCAAGCACCAUUCACUGCUUCCUCCCUGGCAGCAAUUCAGAGACAGUGAAAAAGAUCGAUGUCUCCAUUCUCCAGUACUUUGGAAGCCACACGAGAAGAGCAGUUCUCUAUGCACCUGCUGCUCACCAUGAAAUGGACCGUCAGCUCUGUCAGCGCAUCCUGGCAAAACAUGGAUAUACAGUCACAGUCCUUGAAAACAGGAGACUUGAAGAUCUGAGGCAUGAGGGCCCAUAUCACAGUUUCACAGCCACAGUGAAGCCAAGUAUCAGUGGAGCCUGUCUAGAAGUCAUUCUUCAACAAACAAUAAUUGAGGUGGUUUGACCCCUUGGGAUCUUUUCAUCUGCUUAUCUUCCAGAAGAAAUGAUGGUACUGGCUGCUUUCAAACAGAAGAUUUGAGAAAUAUAGAGCAUUUCCAGAAGGUAAACCUACUUCCAGAAAUCCAGCAUUUUCUUUGCAGAAAAGAGGGAUUAUGCCAGAUAACAAAAGCCUUUUCAGGUAAUCUGAUUUCUUCAAAUCUGCAUAUGUGAUCAUGGUCUUUUAAUAGUAGUUACAGGAAGUUUCUGAAAUGAGACUGUUAAGCUUACAAUUCCAUUUUACUUUUAGCCAUGAAUGCAUAGAGGGAAAAAUGAAAGAUUGAUAAUCCAUUUUAAACAUACUUAACUAUAGAUUACAAUUAUGCAGUAUCUUUCCAGGUAAAGAUAUUGCAUUGUUCAGCUGUUGCAUGUUGCAGAAAUAAUUUGGCUGUGUCUUAUUUUUGGACUGUUUUGUGUUAAUAUAGUGUAUUGGUAUUUACACUUCUGUGACCUGGGCUUGGUGUAAUAUGUUUGUUCAGCUUUGCAAAAAUGUUGUGGCAUGGAGAAGGAGUAGGAGUCACAGUUUGGUUUCCAUCCAGACAUAAUUUACUGAUAAAAAGCCUUUAUUGUGUAUUAAGAUCAUCAACCAGAAAAGUUUAAAGGUUAUGGGCGAGUUUCCAAAGAAUUCUAAUUUACCAUGGGUAAAAUUCAUCUUUGAAUAGAAACUGGAAAAAAACUGUUGUGCACUGUAUUAGGUCUAUUUAAAUUUCCCUUUCUUUUACCCUUUUAUAUAUAUAUAGUAAAUUUAACACAGAAGGAAAGGGUUCAUUACAUCUCAUUUAACCAUUUAGGAGUUAGGUGUUAGGUGUCCUCUGAAAGCAGUAUUCUAGUCUUCCAUUUAAAUAAGUGGAGAGAGAUACAAACCUACAAAUGCUACUUCUUUUUAUCUUAAACUGUGUGUUUAAAAUAGGUGUGUGGAAUUAGUCUCUGCAGGUGCUUGCUACCCAAUUAUGUCUCACCACUGCCUGGAGAAAUUGGUAGGCCCUGCUCGUGUUGUAACAGAUUGUCUUAAAAAAAACAUUGGUUCACCUGCCACUUGAAAAAAGGCCAAUUGCAGUGGCUUUAUUAUUUUACUGCCACAAGACCACAAACACAAGAGGCACUUACUACACACAGAGCUUUCUCUUUAAAAUAUGCACACUUUUACUGCCAUCCAUAAAUGUGGUACAAGCCACUUUGUAUUAUUAAGCUGUUUGGUGUUUUCUCCAGUGCUGGUUUUAUGUAGCAAGCUUCUGAUAGUGGGAGUGGCUUUUGUGAGAAGCUGCCUGAAGCUUCCCUUCAGUCCAGCAGAGCCAAUGCCAGCCAGCUCCAGGAUGGAUUUGCUGCUGGCCAAGGCUGAGCCCAUAGUGGUGGUAGCACGUCUGGGAUAAAAUAUUUAAGGGAAAUAAAACAAUUGCACAACAGCACCUGGAGAGAUUAGUGAAGAAGGAGUGGGAAGAGGUGUUCCAGGCACCAGAGCAGAGAUUCACCUGCAGCCUGUGGUGCAGCCCAAGGGGUGACAGUUGUGCCUCUGUAGCCUAUGGAUGUACAUGGGGGAGCAGAGAUCCACCUGCAACCCAUGGAGCACCCAGUGCCAGGAGAGGUGGAUGCCUGAAGGAAGCUGUGACCCUGUGGGAAGGCUCCUGGCAGGAGAGAC